AUGUUGCAUAUUUUAUUGCUGACAUUAUCAAUUUUGGUGCCUUACACAUAUGGAGCAGUUGGUGGAUUAGUUGGACGUACUCAGUCUGCUGGUGCAAAAGGUUUUCUUACCUGUAAUGGUCGACCAGAAAGUGGCGUACUCAUUAAAUUGUAUGAUGACGACAGAGGAUUCGAUAUUGAUGACUUUAUGGGUGAAACGAUAACAGACUCACAGGGAUUUUUUCAAGUUCAAGGAUAUAAUGCGGAAAUAUCACCAAUUGACCCUAAAAUCAACAUUUAUCAUGAUUGUAAUGAUGGCUGGUGGCCUUGUCAACGAAAAGUUAGCAUAAUGAUUCCGGAUCAAUUUAUAUCUAUCGGAAAUGUGCCUCAAAAAUUGUAUGAUCUUGGAACGAUGGAACUUGCAGUUUCUAGUCUUAAUCAUAAAUUUAGGCCUGCAAUGAUGUUCCGGUCUAUAAUAGUGUUAACUUUGUGUCCCACUGUAUUUAGUGCAAUUGGUGGUAUUGUGGGGCGAGCACAAAGUACCGGUAUAAGGGGUAGAUUGCUAUGCAAUGGUAAACCUGCUUCCAGAGUACUAGUAAAAUUAUACGAUGACGACAGAGGCCUGGACAUGGAUGACUUCAUGGGUGAAACAAAAACUAACUCACAAGGUGACUUUGAACUUCAAGGUUAUAUUCAUGAAUUCACACCAAUCGAUCCAAAAAUGAACAUUUAUCAUGACUGCAAUGAUGAAUGGAAGCCUUGUCAAAGAAAAAUCAGCAUCAUGAUACCGAAUGGAUAUAUAACAGAAGCUAAAAAACCGACCAAAUGGUAUAAUGCGGGGACUAUAGAACUAGCUGGAAAAUUUGCUGGUGAAACUCGUGACUGCAUACACUAG